UCUGCUGAUUGGCAUGAUGCUGCAGCAGGACCGGUGGGGCACGCAGCAGUGCAAUGGAUCCGAUCUGCUGCACCUGGGUGGGUGGUGCAGCAACGGAACGUCAACGGAGCCGUUUGGAGUGAACCCGCACUUCCUGCCCACAUCGGCCAUCUACGACAGCGCUGCCAGCGCCAACAUGAGCCAGCUCGACAACAGCACCUUCGGCUUUAAACUCAAGUUCAACCCUAAUGGUGUCCCCUACGGCUUCAUCUACCCCUUGGAGUCUCUCACGACAUACCCUUUGGUCUUCGGGAUUAAUCUCGAUAACGAGGCCGCCACAAGGCGUCUACAGUACCUGGUGGAUGGCAGCUACAUUGACAAUGGCACGCGGAGUAUUGAUGUCAGCUUCAUCACCUUCAAUGGCGAGACGCUCACUUUUGUGCUCACAACUGUGAGUUGCACGUUGGACGCGGGCGGCAGCAUGGCAGUGAGCUUCAAGUCACAGCCGGCAGCCAUGGCGAUGUACGAUGCAUCGGCGGACAACAUCGCACGGCUGGUGCUGGAGGUGAUCUACCUGGUGGGGCUGCUCUGGAAUGUGUGUGGCGAGCUGCAGGAGAUGGCUGACCGUGCUGCCACGGAUGGAUCUGUGCUCAGCUACUUUGAGCAAGCAUGGAACUGGGUCGACAUGUUCUCUCUCUCGCUGCAAGUGGUUGCGGUUGUUAUGUG